AUGAGAAUCCGAGGGGUUUCUCAUCUUCUCCAUCUUUUGCUUCUGUUUCUCCCUUUUUCUGCCAUCGCUCAAACUCACUCUAACAUAAGCUUAGGUUCUUCUCUUUCUAAUCUCGAUGAAAACAUGUCAUGGCGUUCACCUUCCGGCGAAUUCGCCUUCGGAUUUCAUCUCCUCCCAGAAAAAAAUCUCUUCUUGCUCGCAAUCUGGUUUGACCAAAUACCAGAAAAAACGAUAGUUUGGUCGGCGAACGGAGACAACCUGGUGCAGAAAGGAUCGAGAGUCGAGCUAACGACCAACGGCCGGCUCGUUCUCAACGAUCAUCAAGGCGAAGAGAUAUGGUGGACCGAGUCCAACAAUGGCGGGAUCGUUGUAUCUGCAGCAAUGCUCGACACUGGAAACUUCGUUCUCAUGAGCAUGGAUUCUAUUGUAUGGGCAAGCUUCGACAAUCCGACCGACAACAUCUUGCCUACACAGAUACUGGGACUAGACAAAAAUCUUACAUCUCGUCUAAUUGAGACCGACUAUUCGAGGGGAAGGUUCUUAUUCAAUUUACAGAGCGAUGGGAAUUUUGUUUUUUAUCCUAUUGCUCUCCCAACAGAAUACCGUUACUCUCCUUAUUGGGCUAGCAAUACAUAUGAGAGGGGUUCCCAGCUGGUCUUCAAUUCAUCAGGCCGCAUUUACAUCAAGCUGAGAGAUGGAGGUUCGCAAGAUCUUGCACCGGCCAACGAAGUUCCAACAAUGGAAUUCUAUCAGAGAGCAACGUUCGAUUUUGAUGGAGUGUUCAGGCAAUAUCUCCGGCCAAAGACCCAAUUCAGCGAUGGUAGAUGGGCCAUGUCAUGGUCUGUUGCGUGGUUCUUGCCAUCGGACAUGUGCUUCAUAGAGUUUGGUAUUUUGGGUUCCGGAGCUUGUGGGUUGAACAGCUACUGCAAGAUGGAUGAGAAUCAAAGGCCGAGCUGUCAUUGUCCACCUGGGUAUUCCUUCUUGGAUCCAAACAACAAAUACAAAGGGUGCGAACAAGACUUCCGUCUGCAGAAUUGUAGUCAAGAAUCUCAAGACAGAUCGAAAGAAGAGCCUCAGUACCAGAUGAUAGAGAUGCUUAACACCGACUGGAAGCAGUCGGACUAUGAAAAAUAUAGUCAUGUAAAUGAAGACCAGUGUCGAGAGUUUUGCUUGAAUGAUUGUUUAUGUAUGGCAGCUGCUUUCCGUGACGGAGAUUGUUUGAAGAAAAGUGUUCCACUCUCGAACGGGAAGAUGGACCCUCGUAUUGGAGUUAAGAUUCUUGUCAAAGUGUCGAAAAAUAUUUCCACUCUUCCACCUCCAAGCGUAGAUACAGGGAAGAAAGAUCGUUCUACUUUGAUCCUUGUCGGAUCAGUGCUUUUGGGCAGCUCUGUGUUUCUUAAUUUCAUGUUCUUUUUAGCGAUUCUAUUGCUCUGUUUCAUCUUACAGGGCAGAAAACUUCGGGAAGUUAAGCAAGAUUCAACCAUGCUGGGAAAGAAUCUGCAGUCUUUUUCUUACAAAGAGCUCAAAGAAGCGACUGGUGAAUUCAAGGAAGAAUUGGGUCGUGGUGCAUUUGGUACUGUUUAUAAAGGGUCCUUGGUGGUUGAUGAUUCUACAUCUUCCGUUGCAGUCAAGAAGCUAGAGAAGGUGGUCGAAGAAGGCGAGAAGGAAUUCAUGACAGAAGUGAUUGCAAUUGGACAGACCCAUCACAAGAAUCUAGUCCAACUGCUUGGAUUCUGUGACGAGGGGCCACACCGGCUUCUUGUCUAUGAGUUCAUGAGCAAUGGGUCUUUAUCAAGCUUCCUCUUUGGAGGCUUGAAACCCAAAUGGAACCUAAGGAUGCAGAUUGCACUCGGGAUCGCAAGAGGGCUAAUGUAUUUACAUGAGGAGUGCAGCACCCAAAUCAUACACUGUGAUAUAAAGCCUUCAAACAUACUUCUAGACGACUGUUUGACAGCAAGGAUCUCCGACUUUGGAUUGGCGAAGCUUUUGAAGACGGAUCAGACCCGAACUAGUACAGGCAUUAGAGGGACUAGAGGGUAUGUGGCGCGUGAAUGGUUCAUGAACAUGCCUAUCACGUCGAAGGUCGAUGUCUACAGCUUUGGUAUUGUGUUGUUGGAGAUCAUUUGCUGCAGGAAGAAUGUUGAAUCAAAGCUGGGGAACGAAGAGGAAGAGAUACUGGCUGAUUGGGUUUACGAUUGCUAUAGAGAGGAGAGGUUGAAUUUGUUAGUGGAAAGCGAAGAAGAUGCGAUGGUAGACAAACAGAAGCUGGAGAGAUUGGUGAAAGUAGCAAUUUGGUGUAUUCAGGAAGAGCAAUCCUUGAGGCCUUCCAUGACGAAGGUGACCCAAAUGCUUGAAGGAGCAGUCGCUGUUUCAGUGCCUCCUGACCCAUCUUCGUCCAUUGGCUGAUUGGGUUGAUGCGGUGGCCCCUCUCUCUACAUUUUUUUAAACAAGCUCUCUCUCUCUCUCUCUCUCUCUCUGUGUGUGUGUGUGUGUGUGUGUGUGUGUGUGUUUUU